UUAAACGGAAGAUGACUGCAAAAGGACUCCAUUGCCCCAUCCAAAUGUCAUUCAUUCCUAGCCCCAUUAUUUCUCUCUCGUAUCUCCCUCCCACAGCUCAUGCAUGAUCAUUGAUCCAGUUUGCUCCCCUUCUCUUUGUUGACACAAAUUUCAAGGCUCGUCGUUCGAUGGCUAAGGCCUGCUGGUUCUUGGUCUUUGUGGGGGUGUGGUGGCGGCCACUGAUGCUCGUGGUGGCCGAGGACCAGCAGGGUGGAGACUGCUCGGACGAGAAGUGCGGCAACGUCAGCAUCUUGGAUCCUUUCUGGCUCACCGACAAAGCUACGGGAAAAUCAUGCAGUUCUGAUCCCCACCCGGGCUACGAUGUCGCUUGCACCAACAACAGCGAUCCAACUCUACGGAGCUCUAUACCCCUCAACAGAGGCUUCAAAAUCCUCAACAUCUCUUACGAGCAACGCAGCUUCCAUGCCGUUGAUGUCGGCAAGCUGGACGUAUUGAACGCCACCGACAAGUGCCUUGCGGUGUUCUAUAACACCUCAGUCAAACUGAAGGGACGCCCGUUCAAGAUCGCCCCCGUCAACCUGAACCUCAUCCUGUACAACUGCACCGAGGAGGACGGAGCAGCGGCCGCGGCACGUCAGAACAUAGAGCUGGUGAAGAUGAACGUGAGCUGCAUGAACGAGUGGGAGGUGCUUGUCCGCGCGGGAGUAUCUCACGACGCGACCGGGAACUAUGCUAGCUACGCUCUGGAGGGCUGCAAUGCUCUCAUCAUGCCGGUGCUGGCCUCGUCGGCAGGGGCGAAUGCGAGCGAUUACGAGCAGCUCAUGAGGGAUGGCUUCCUCCUGACAUGGGAUGUGCCGCUCCCGCCUCAUCCCCCUAUCUUUCCACGUAGCAGCGAGAGGAGAGGGAAGAAGAUUAUGGUAAUAGGUAUGACAUCAGUAGCUGCAACAUUUCUCUUUGCAUGUCUUUAUGUGCUGAUAUGGCAUAGAAAGGGGAAAAGACUAUGGUUUCUCCUUUGCAAGAAGACUAGCAGCACCACUGAAAAGAAUUAUGAGGCCAUGAUAGUGUCGUAUGGAUCCCUAGCUCCAACAAGAUACACGUACUCAGAGGUAAUGAAGAUAACAUCUUCUCGCAACAAUCAGCUUGGGAAAGGUGGUUAUGGUGUGGUUUUCAAAGGAAGACUACAUGAUGGUCCUCUGGUGGCUGUGAAAUUCUUGCAUGACUGCAAAGGAAAUGGGGACGAGUUUGUGAAUGAGGUCAUGAGCAUUGGCAGGACCUCUCAUGUUAAUGUUGUUAGCUUAUUUGGGUUUUGUUUGGAGGGAUCAAAACGAGCUCUUAUAUACGAGUACAUGCCCAACGGUUCCUUGGAUCAGUACAUUUAUUCAGAGCACCCCAAAGAAAUUUUAGGAUGGGAGAGGCUUUAUGCGAUAGCAAUCGGGAUUGCGCGUGGCCUCGAAUACUUGCACCAUAGCUGUAAUACACGUAUCGUCCAUUUCGAUAUCAAGCCCCAAAAUAUCCUUCUAGACAAAGAUUUUAGCCCAAAGAUUGCUGAUUUUGGUCUAGCUAAGUUGUGUCAUACAAAGGAGAGCAAUCUUUCAAUGACUGGAGCUAGAGGAACAAUUGGAUUCAUCGCCCCAGAAGUUCACUCUCGAACCUUCGGGGUGGUUUCAACAAAGUCAGAUGUUUAUAGUUAUGGAAUGAUGCUGCUGGAGAUGGUUGGAGGUAGGAGAAACGUAAAAUCAAUUGUUGCAAAAUCCAGCGAAAAGUAUUUUCCAGAUUGGAUUUACGAUCACUUUGCACAAGAUGAUGGACUACAAGCAUGUGAAGUGACAAGAGAAAUUGAGGAGAUUGCGAGAAAGAUGACAUUCAUUGGCUUGUGGUGCAUACAAGUGUUACCUAUGUAUCGCCCUACUAUAACCAAAGUUCUAGAAAUGUUUGAGAGAAGCUUAGAUGAUCUGGACAUGCCGCCGAAGCAGAACUUCUGUGAACUACUUGAAAGUUCAGCUCACAAUAUGGAUGUACAAAGUUCAAGUUCUACCAGAUCUGAGCAGAUAGGCCUUGUGAAUCAAGACUGUGAGAAGGUGGCCUGUACUAGAGUACAUUCAGAAAUUGAACAAGCGCAGCGAAAUUCGGCAUUGUAGUAGACCAUAUUCCAUGUAUGCAUGACCUAGAGUCAAGAGCAUCCAUAUACCAGCGUCCUAAGUUACCGACCACAGAAGGAAUACAAUUUAUUGUGAUGAGUUUUGUGUUCCAACUGCUAAAAGGCAUCGGAGGCAGACAGCCAG